AUGUCGGCCGUAGCAGCUGAAGAAGCUCAGGAACCUGAAAAAGAGUCUAUCCCUGAUCAGGAUGUUCCAAGAUGCUACGUCUGCCUAAGCAAGAACCCACGAUACAAGUGUCCAGGAUGUCAGAACAGAACCUGUUCUCUGCAGUGCGUCCAGCAACAUAAAGAGGAGCUAAACUGCUCUGGAAAACGAGACCCAACCGAGUUCGUCUUCAAGAAAACGAUGAACAACCGACUUCUUCUCCGAGACUAUCGUUUUCUCGAGGAUGCAAGUCGACGAACCUUUACUUGGGAGCGAAUUCUCCGGGACUACGGGCCAGAAGGGAUGAAAUCGCCAGGUUAUGAAGGAAGAGAGGCGCUUACAAGAUAUGCCAUCUCGAAAGGCUUCGUAAUCUGGCAACAACCAGCCGGCUUCUCCCGCGCCUCAAUCAACCGGACGGUCUACUCCGAGUACGGGGAACGCAAAGGACCAGGAAAAGCCAAGAAGUGUUUCAAAUUUCAUGUACGGUGGACUUUUCAUCUUUCUGAUAGAAAGAUAUCAAGGGAUGAGACUGAUAUAUAUGAGAUUUGGAAUUUAGGCCGCAUUGUUCAAGGAGUCAUUGAUAAGAUCGACUCCGAAGCUGCUUCUGAAUUUUCCGGAUCUGAUAUUAAAGUCGAAGUCAAAGAGGAACCCUUCGAAGAAGAGCCAGAAACAAUCGAAUCCGACGAAACCGCCUCCUCUAUCGAAUGUCACCGCCUGCCAGGAAAGAAGAGUGCUGAAAUGGAACGACCGCUGGAAAUGGCGGAGAAAAAGUACAACUACGAAGUGUUCAUGCGAAGAAUUGUCGGGCAAGAGCUUUACUAUCAUCUCGACAAAGAAAAGACGCUCCUUGAGAAUUUGAAAGGGAAGAUUUUGCUAGAAUUCCCGGAGUUUAUUGUCACAACGACGGAGAAAGCCCAGUACUUCAAAGACCGAGGGACUGCCCAUCAUGAUUACGUCAAAGGCCAGCCUCCACCGCAACCUCUCCACCAAGCCUCAAAAAGAAAGGAAGCCAAGCGACCUAGGAAGGAAAAGGAACAACCACCAAACCAAGAGAAAAGCGAAGCAAAAUAUGGCGCCCCAACUGGAAAUGCCCAGACUUCUCAUCCUGUUUUGGAUCAGUUGGUGAACCGCGACAAUCCGAAUCCAUACGACAUGCCGAGGUCUGCUCCGUUCAUUCUCUCCGCUCCGCAAAGUUCCAAACCAGCUCAUCAGUCGUCCUCACGAGUCCAGAUCAAGGAACAGCCGGUGCAAGUCAAUUCGCUCCACCCAGGCUUCCAAUCGUUACUUGGUACAUCGCCAAAGAAACAGGAGAAACCCGCGCACACCAAAUCAGCUCGAAAGGCUUCCAAACCUGCGAAUCAUACGCGGCAUCAUCCUUAUGCGAAAUCUUUCAACAAAACCGAGCAACGGGAAAUAUCCAGCUCUUAUGGAGAGCAAUGGAACGAGCCCUUGACGCAUUGGAAUUUUAGUGAAGACACGAAAAACGAGGAUGAGAAACAGAAGGAUGUUGAAUAUGUUGGCUUCGACACAAGAAAAGCGGCGGAAGAGAUCGAGACACCAGAUCCUGGAUCAGAGUCCCCACGACUCAUGAUCGACGAAAGUGAAAUCAAGGAUGAAGUCGAGGUCAAAGAAGAGCCCGAAGAGCUUCCAGAACCCGCUGAACCCGACCCGACCCCGAAAGAACAACCGAAAGCAUUAACGAAGGAGCAAAUAGAGCUGCAAGAAGCGCUCUUGUUGAUGGAACAGGAAGAUUACUCAGAAGGAAGUGACGUAGAAGAUUACUACUAA